UUAUUGUACACAUUAAUUAUGCAUUAAUAAAGUGCAAAGGCUAUGCGAAUGAGUUAUUAAGUGUGCAACAAGAGGCAAGAAGUUCAAUUUUUGUCGCCUCGAAACAUAAAUGCGCACAAGUACUGUUGGACGGGGAGUGGGAGUGUGAAUGUGUGUGUGUCAUCACGAACAAAAAAUAAUUGCAGUGCCAAAAUAAUUCAAUUCAUUUAAAAUGCAUUGCAAAUGCAUAAAGACGUGUUGGGACACAGAACCCACACACACACCUAAAAUUUAGACGAUGUGCUGAACGCCAACGACGAACAAAUCAUCAAAUCCAACUUUUAGAUAUUUGUACAUUUUGAUGUAUUAUUUAAGUAAAGCAGCACUGGAAUACUCAGCACAGCAAACAGCGACUAAACCAAUACAUGUGAACGCAUGCCAAAUCACUGAUACGCAUACAUUAUAGCGCACUUAUCAGUCCGUCGUCUUAGUAAUUAUACAAAAAAUAUUAUUUUAAAAUGAGUUGGCUGCGCACCAGUCCAUUGCGUCAGAGUCUGACGCGCAGCGGUGGAGGCGGAAUACUCACGACGCAUUCCUCGUUAGGAGCUGCUGGUAGCACAGGUGGAGGUAGCAGCAGCAGUGGAGCUUUGCGUCAACGUCCCAUAGAUGCUGCUACGGACUGUGAUCCGCGGGCCUGCUAUGAUAGCUUUUGCAAACACUGGCAACAGGCCUACGAAAUAAUACAACAUGCCGCACCUCCUGAACGACCACCAACGCAUGAUGAUGUGCUCGGCGUGGUGUCGCAUUUGGACUAUAUGGUCACACUGCUGCUGGUGGAGCUACAUCAUUGCAACAAGGUGUCGCUGCCGGCGACCGACGGCAGUACAGCACCGCCCGCGCCCUGUCUGGAGUUCCUGCUAAGCGAGAAUUUGCUAGACAAGCUCUACGAGUGGUCGUGCGCGACCGGCCGCUAUGCGAAUGCCGUCCGUCUGGAGCAGCUGAAGCUGUACGAGCUGCUCGUCAGUCAUUCGCGUCAUCAACUGCUGUGUCACGAGCCCUUUCUGCGGCCACUGCUCAAAAUACUGGCCUCUAGCCAGGGGGAAAUCUUUCCGCCCGACCUGGAAAAACGAUUGGUGAUAUUGCUGAAUCAGCUGUGUGUGGUUCUCAUGCAGAACGUCCACCUGCUGGAUCUCUUCUUCUUCUCGGCGCAAACACAGGUGCAGGAGCAGAUACAAAAUGGCAGCGUGCCGCAACCAAAAAGCGGCACCACAACCAACUUCAUCAUCUUCUCGCUGCUCAUACCGUAUGUGCAUCGCGAGGGUAGUCUGGGCCAUCAGGCACGCGAUGCGCUGCUCCUUUGCAUGUCGCUAUCGCAGAAGAACUCCAACAUAGGCACCUAUAUCGCACAAUACUCGUCUAUCUGCCCAUUGCUGGUUACGGGCUUGGGCGGCCUCUAUUCGCGCCUCCCUAACUCGAUUGAGAUAUCCUCCAUCGAUUGGCAUCGCAUCACACCGGACGAUGUCACUGAUAUUCCCGAGCUGACGCUGUUCAUGAAUGCCUUGGAGUUCUGCAAUGCCGUCGUUCAGGUUGCCCACGAAAUGAUCAAACAACAGCUGCUGGACUUUAUGUAUCAGGGAUUUAUAGUGCCUGUGCUGGGACCGGCCAUUCUGCAGACACCACUGAAGGGUAAACAUUUCCAGACCAAUAUCGAUUCGCAAAUCUCGGCCAUGUCCUAUCUGGAUCUGAUACUGCGCUCCAUUACCGAGCCGGGUCUACUGCGUGCCUUUGUCAAAUUCCUGUUGGACACUGAAAAGUUCGAUGGAGAGCGUAUUCUAGAUGCGCUCGUGGAGCGUCUUAAUUCGGCGGAUGCCAAUCUAUGUAUGGUUACAAUGGCGCUCUUCGAUACGCUUCUGGGUAUGCACUGCGAGGAUCUAAUGCUGGAGCUAAUGCUUAAAUAUAUGCUGCCUGGAAAACAUGUGCCCAUCUCGCAUCGUCACAAGAUCAACAAAAUAAAUCCGUACCAGAACAGUGCUGAAUUCUUUCUAGAGCUGACGCCAGAUGUGAUGAAGCGAGCGCGGGAUUUGGCGCGACUCAAAAGCUCCGAUGGAACGGAGUUGGAAACCGCUACAAUAGCGCCCAUGAGCAAAACGAUAGGCGCCAAUUGGAACUAUUAUGGCCUCCACACUGCCGACAGUCUGUAUGCCAACGUACAUGCGUACCUAUUCGAAGCCCAUUGGCGCAUAGCGCAGUGCCAAAGGGAUUGCAGGAAUUGGGCGAAUAGCUAUCGGUAUCAGAAAUGCCCGCGCAACGGACAGCGCGGCAAUCCACAUGCGCUGGAACUGGCGAAGCAGUUCUUUAAUGAGUUCGGACAUGGCUUGACGCCUGCUCCAGCUACUACCUUGCUUUCUGCGAGCGAUGCGGGUGAGAAGCAGCUGGACAGUCUGCAGUCCAUCGGCGAAUCAAGUGGCUACGAGUCGUUUAAAUGGCGGCCUGCGGACGAAGAUGCCGACCCUGGCGAGCAAGGUACGACAGCGACGACAACUGAAGCUGAGCUGGACAGCAGUGGUUACACAAAUUAUCAUAGCAAUGCGAGCAAUGGGCGGCGCGAACCCUGGCGCGUCUCGUCCAGCACGCGCAACGAUUUGAUAUUGACAGAUCUGGAUUUCUCCGAAGAUUUGUUUGCUCAGGGCACCGUAAGCUUAGGUCCCUUUCUGAACGCUAUUUGGAGCAAAUUACAGACCUUCACCAGCAACACGCUAUACGUCAAUCUGCAUCUGACUGGACUGAUAACGAGGCUCGCCUGGUAUCCGCUGCCUUUGAUACACUCGCUGCUGCUGCGCGCGGACAUUGCAAUCACUUCGGACACGCCCUCAUUCCAUCAGGUGCUGCGAAUCCUGAAGCAACAAAUUGAUGCCGAGCUGCCCGUCACCGAAGACUCCCUGGAGAUAAUCGAUGUGGCCCGCUCCCAUCUGAUCGAUCGCGAAUAUCGGCUAGUUAAUGCGCGCAAAGGCAACGACAGCUCAGCGCUGGUUCAUGCUGCAGCGCACCAGCUGCACCCUGCGCAUCCCGCCCAGCAGCAUUCCUCACAGCCGCGUUCAACAUAUGCAUCGCUAUCGGCGGCGACGCCCGUCCAAGCCACCCCCACUAGUGCCUACGAUCCGUUCCGACGCAGCGAUAGCAAACGACGCAGCAUCAGCAAAUCCAUCACAAGCAUGUUUAGCCGCAAAGCGACAUCCACAGCCGCGCCCACUGGAAUGUCGGCUUCAUCUGGCUUAUCACAAAUUUACGCAUUCUUCACCGGCGCCGCCUCCUCGCUAGUGGGCGGAAACAACAGCAACUCGGACAACAGUGCGCGAGCACAGCAAUUAUUGACUGGCGGCGAGACAUGUGAGACGAGUUUGACAACAACACUACCACAAGGCAACAUACAGCGCACAGCUUCCUCGACUUCGCAAGCGAACUCCAUGGGCGGUUCUACACAAACACUGUCCACGCACUCCAACCAAACUACGAGCACAUUGCAUGCGAACGAUGGAUUGAACAGCACGGCCAGCUUUAACUCUGAACCAGUUUCCUUGGAUUCGGUGGCGUCGAUGGGCAUUAUAGCGAAUACAAGCGGCACGGAGCGCACACGUGAUUUGGCACUGUGUGCCAUACUCUUGGACGAGUGGCUUAAGGAAUUGGCUGCAAUAGCGCAGGAGCAGAGCGUGGUGCUGGUCACGGAUGCCUUGCCUUGACAAUGCCAAUAAUAAUAACAAUGUUUUCGGAAUAUUGCUGCUGAAUUUGGAUGUGCAAAUUUAUUUGACCAGUUAAUUUUAAAAAUUUUAUUUGAUGUUAAAAUAUUCUUAUUAUGUGAAUGCAUGCUUCUAUGUAUGUACAUAUGUAUGUAUCUAUAUUUUUUAUGAACAAUGCUAAAUUUGAACAGAUUAAACAUAGAUAAUUCCCUCACGACACGUUCUCAAACAAACAGUUAUCAGUAGAGUUAAGCUUAAAGUUUUAAUGAAAUGAUAAAAUAUGGUAGCAGGUUAUUACUUAGUGUUCAAAUGUAAAAAUUAAUCUUAAUAACGAGCAAUAUGCAGAGAAACCUUGAUAGAGAAUUGUAUACAUAUGUCUAUUUUUGCAAUAUAUACAUAGGAUUGUGAACAUUUUAAACAAACUUACAAGUAUUAAAUUGGUCCAAUUGAUUAAAUGCACAAAAAUCCAA